CACACACACACAUGGGAGCCACAUGCACUGUGAGCAGCCAGGAUAAGACAGCAAUAAAGAUAUCAAACUAAGCAUGAAAGUAUUGUGUCUACUCCUUCUGCUUGUGGGAUAUGGCUUGUAUGCUGCUGAAGCCUUUGCAUUGGUGAACGUAGCUUCGAGAGGCAGGACCACUCAGUCAUCAACGUUCAACAGCUCCACUGCUGCCAAGAAGGCCAUCGAUGGGAACCAAAGCGGUGUGCUCCUCGAGGGGUCAUGCGCGCACACGGAGGCUGAGACCAACCCCUGGUGGAGGAUCGACCUGCUGGAGACAUACAGAGUCGCCUCCGUGAAAAUCACCAACAGGCAGGACUGCUGUGCGGAGAAUAUAAAUGGAGCAGAGAUCCACAUCGGCAACUCACUGGAACACAAUGGCAACACUAACCCAAGGUGCGCAGUGAUCUCAUCCAUACCAGCAGGAGGAGCCAGCACCUUCCAGUGCAAUGGGAUGGAGGGCCGUUAUGUGAAUAUCUUCAGCAGGGGCUACAGGCAGCAUCUGACACUGUGUGAGGUGGAGGUCAAUGCUGCACCUGUACCUGUUCGUGUCGAUAUCCAGCCGACCACUCUGAAUGGGCUUGAAAUAAGUGAUCCCCCAAAAGAAAAUGUGGCUUUGAAUAAACAGGCCACGCAGUCAUCGCAGUACAACUACUUGGGCAGUCCCAACAACGCUGUGGAUGGAAGGCGCAAUGCCAGGUACAGUGAGAGGUCCUGCAGUCGCACGAAAACUCAGAUCAACCCCUGGUGGAGGGUGGACCUGCUGAGGCCUCACAGCAUCACUAUGGUAACCAUCACCAACCGGGAGGACAACGACCCUGAGAUGAUUGAUGGGGCAGAGAUCCGAAUCGGGAAUUCCCUGGAAAACAAUGGGAACAACAAUCCACUAUGUGAUGUCAUUUCCUCCUUCCCUGCGUGGGAAUCUAAGACGUUCUACUGCAGGGGCCAUCUGGGUCGCUACCUUAACAUCUUUCUGCCAGGCUGUGACAAGCAUCUGGCACUGUGUGAGGUGGAGGUCAAUGCAACCCCUGAGCAAGGGGAGGAAAUUGAGGAUGAACAACCAAAACCUGCAAAAACACGAGUAAACACUAAUUGCCCUAACACUAAAACUGUGCUUGAGAAUGCAGCCACUGGAGGGACUGCCACCCAGUCGUCUCAGCUGGACGCGCUCGGGGGUGCCAAUAACGCCAUCGACAGAAACAGGAGUUCCACCUACUCAGACGGCUCCUGCAGUCAAACCAAAGCUGAGAUUGACCCCUGGUGGCGGGUCAACCUGGGAAAGGUCCACAAUGUCACUUUUGUGACCGUCACCAACCGUGGGGACUGCUGUUCUGACAGAAUCAGUGGAGCGGAGAUCCGCGUUGGCAACUACCUCGACAAUGAGGGCAACAACAACCCACUGUGUGCAGUGAUUCCUUACAUCCCAGCUGGCCAGAUUAGGACUUUUGAGUGUGGUGGGAUGGAAGGCCGCUAUGUCAACAUACUGCUCCCUGGCCGAGAGAAAUACCUGACUCUUUGUGAAGUAGAGGUGCAUGCCAGCACCUUUCAACCAGGCCUACCUUUCUCAGCGCCUCCCUCUGCUGUACCUAACAAGGCGGCCCCCAACCCUUACCUGACCUGGCUGUGGGCCCCAUGGCAAAAACUGCGCCACCCUGUGCCUCGGAGUGAUAACGUUGCAGUGAAGGGGAGAGCCACUCAGUCCUCUCAGUUCAGUCGCCUGACCCAUGCUGAGAAUGCCAUCGAUGGGAGCCUGGAUGCGGAGUACCUCUCUGGCUCAUGUGCCCACACGCGACUUCAGUCCGACCCCUGGUGGCGAGUUGACCUCUUGGCGGUGCAUAGGGUGGACUCCCUGACCAUCACCAACAGAGAGGACUGCUGUGAGUGGAGACUGGACGGGGCCGAGAUCCUCGUUGGGAAUUCACUGGAAAACAAUGGGAACAGCAACCCAGUGUGUGCUGUUGUUUCUUCCAUCCCUGCUGGGGAGUCCAUAACCUUCCAGUGUCACGGCAUGGAGGGAAGAUACGUCAACAUCAUCCGACCGGGAUGCUUCAAGUUCCUCAGUCUUUGUGAGGUGGAAGUUCACGCCAGGCCUGUGUCUGGAGUUUCUACACUGAAUACUGUAAAGGAUUAUGAAGACAAGCCCUUAGAAACACAAUGCCCUGAUGUCCAAGUACCUGAGAACAUUGCCUCCCAGGGAAAUGCUACGCAGUCCUCUCAAUAUGACCACCUUGGAAAUGCCAACAAUGCCAUAGACAGAAAGCGAAACCCAUUGUACCACGCUGGCUCCUGCUCUCACACCAAGCGGGAGACAAACCCCUGGUGGAGGGUCGAUCUGAUGAGGAGCUACAGAGUGACCUCUGUGACGAUCACCAACAGAGGGGACUGCUGCGCUGAGAGGAUCAAUGGAGCCGAGAUUCACAUCGGUAACUCCCUGGAAAACCAUGGCCACAACAACCCUCUGUGUGGUGUUAUAUCAGACAUGAGAGAGGGAGACUCUGUGACAUUUUGGUGCCGUGGAAUGGAGGGUCGUUAUGUCAGUGUCUUUCUUCCUGGAAGAAGAAGAUACCUAACUCUAUGCGAAGUAGAGGUCAACAGUACCGGAGAGAGUGAUCCUCAAUAAAGAUAUAUAGGAACUGUGGAGUUCCAUGUUAAGGCCUCUCUAGCAAAUUAGUUAUUCUCUCUUGAUAUUGGAUUGAUACAGAAUUCUUA